AUGGACCAGAAAACCUUCAGAAGCUGCCUCCUGGAGCCGGACAUCCGGCCACCCACCAUCCAUGGCACUUUCAGGAACUGGAUCCUUGGCCCCUCCGCCAGGAAAGCGCUCUCUGGACCAAUACGGCUGAGACAAUCCUCAUCUUCCACGUAUCACCCAUAUUCCCGGACUGUGCAGCACCCUCAGACUGUUGGGGAGCUGACAAAUGGAAUAGGUUUCCUCCAAGUUGGGAACUCCUUAGAUCUAGCCCCAAGUUGCUGCAGUCACUGGCCCCUCCGCGUAGAAGAGGGAUCCUUCAGCAGACCCGUGCCUUGCAGGGAGUGUUCAACUUCAAUGUCUCAUCCCCUAAUCCAACCUGGGACUCACCAACAGAGGAAUCAUGACCCUCAGAUAGAUCUUCCACGUUUUCGGAAUCCUUCGGACUCAAGCUCUUUCAGCCGCCAGCCCUUCAGAUCAGACGAUCCUCUGGAGGGAUCCUCCAGAAGGCCCGUGCCUUGCAGGAAGCAUUCAACUUCGACGUUUCAUCCCUUAAUCCAACCUAGCACAAACCAACAGAUGGAUCUCGACCCACAGAGGCAGACAGGUUCUCAGGUUAGGAAUCUCUUGGACCUGACCCCAAAUGACCCGCCUUUAGAUGAUCCUCUGGAGGGUCUCCCGUACUUCCAGCCACCACCCCCCAUCCACUACAAGAUCUGGAUCCCCAUCCACUCUGGCCCCCCUCAGCCCAACCCCGUGGGUGAUUUGGUCGCCAUGCUGGAAGCCAAGUUGGCACCUUUGAGACGCUAUCAUCUCCUGGAAAGUGAUGAUGAAGAGGAGGAAGAGGAGAAGGACUCCCCAGAUAGCCCAGAGACACCAGAUAGAGGGACCAACCAGUUUCCAUGCGUGAUCUUUACACGGGUGCUCUUGGAAUCUCCACAAUCUCCACAAUCUCCCUGUGCUGGUUCCCAAGGGGACUCAGAACUCUUCCUGCUGGGCCAAGAAGGUUCCCUCGCUGAAAAUGUGCCAGAGCCAGCCUCCUUUGUGACCAUCGAGACCUCCCUGUAG